AAAGUUUUGACUUUUUUUGUCUACAAAUAUCACCCGCUGUUUCCUGCGCUCGAGUCCAUCUGAUCCGAACUCUCCUCUCUUUCCCAACCCCUUCCGUUACCAAAUCAAAAAUGAAAAAUUAAUUUUUUUAGGAAAAAAAUGAUCGUUCAAUUUUGAAGUUUCGGAAAAUUGUUCUGGCUGAAUCGUCUCUCUUUCACCAAUUUCAAAGGGUUUUUUACGAUCAUUCAAUCUGGAUCAUCCGAGAUAGGCGCAAGUUUCAUGGAUUUUGUGGUUGAUGAUGAUGCUAAUGGUGAGGUGGUGGGGAAUUCUGUUGAUGUGGAGGGCAGGUCUUGUGACGGAAAUGAAAUGGGAGCAAGUUCUGUUGAGGUCGCAUUUCAACUGGGUGAGGAUGAAAAAAUAAAGCAGGAUUUAUCUGGAAGUGAUUUUGGAGGAAAUGAAAUAGUUCCUGUAGAUGAGCCCUAUGUUGGUCAGGAAUUUGAAUCUGAAGCAGCUGCGCAUGCAUUUUAUAAUGCAUAUGCAACACGUGUGGGAUUCAUCAUUCGAGUGAGCAAGCUUUCUCGAUCGAGGCGUGACGGAUCUGCUAUUGGUCGGGCACUUGUUUGUAAUAGAGAGGGUUUCAGAAUGCCUGAUAAGCGUGAAAAAAUUGUUAGACAAAGAGCAGAGACGAGGGUGGGUUGCAGGGCAAUGAUUUUGGUAAGAAAAGUAAGUUCAGGAAAAUGGGUUGUCACAAAAUUCGUGAAGGAGCACACUCAUGCUUUGACACCUGGCAAAGGCCGAAGAGAUUUACUUUAUGAUCAAUAUCCGAAUGAGCAUGAUAAGAUACGGGAGCUAUCUCAGCAGCUGGCCAUUGAGAAAAAACGAGCUGCAACUUAUAAAAGGCAUCUGGAAACAGUUUUUGAGUACAUUGAGGAGCACAACGAGAGUCUGUCAAAGAAAAUCCAGCACAUAGUAGACAGUGUGAGGGAAAUGGAAUCCAAGGAUCAGCAGAGGCAUAGAUAAGUUUAGCUUAAUUAGUGCCUUCUUGGUUUUCGUGGGAAAGGAAAUUGAGAAAUGGUAUAUAGAAAGCCGUUGGAUGGGGCGUACGCAUGGCUACGGUUGUAGUGUUGGCUUCCCAUGUCAGUUUGCUAAUUUUUGCGCUAGUUUUAGGUGAUAUUGUCAGCUUUACUGCUUGGGAAACAUUUAGGCCAAUGCGCAGCCUCGGGUUUGGCUCACUUCGCUGGCAAGAAACUGAGUCAGUCCUCAUUUAUUUCUUUGAGCCAAUCGUUGCCUUCUCAACACAAUGAAAUUCGAGGGGCUUUUAGGUGUUCCAGGGAAGUUGAAUCGUUCUGUUGUGGUUCUUGUAACUCUGAAAGAUCCCAUUUUGUUUCUCCAUGGCAUCUAAAUGAUUGUAAUUUUUUCCCUGGUAAUGGUUUGUUCGAAAUUGGGUCGUUGUAAUAUCUUCAGAAAUUUCCUAAUCUUCUUUAUUCUUCAUCAUAGCCUUUUUUUUUUUUUUUUCCCCCCCAUAGCAAGAUGACUCUGUUCAAGGGGAGAGAGAUAAUAGUAGCAAUGACAAUAGUGAACCUUUAUCUAGUGCAUUUGGGGAAUGUUUUAGUU